CGGAUCUUGUACGUCAUGUCUGUUAAGUGGAGUUGCCUGUGUCGUAAGUUCCGGAUCUUCCUAGGCCUCUGACUUUAAAUCCCAUCUGCCAACCACACCGCACCCAUCCAUCCGUUCUUCAAAAUGAACCCGUGUGUUCUCGCCCGUGUCCAAUCCAGAGCAUUGCGCAAUGCGGUGAUACCUCGUGCAAGCCAUCUUGCCAGAUACCAGAGCACUUCAAGUGGAGCCAUACCGAAAAGGAUUCUUCCAUCAUUUUCAUUAGAUGGGAAGGUCUGUCUUGUUACCGGUGCUGCAAGAGGAUUGGGCCACGAAUUCUGUCGAGCGUUCCUUCAAUCUGGAUGCACGCAGCUAGCAAUCGUUGACUUGAAGGAAAACGAGGCCAAGCAAGCCGCUGCUGAGCUGAUUACCGAUGUGUGCGCUUUGAACACCGAUGCAACACCCGAGGACUUUGAGGUAAUUGGGAUUGGCUGCGACGUGUCCUCCGAGAUUUCGGUACAAAAAGCCUUCAAGACUACCAUCGACACAUUUGGGCGGAUCGACUCUGUCGUGGCCUCUGCGGGUAUCGUGGAGAACUAUUCUGCUUUCGACUAUCCCUUUGACCGUAUCAAGCGGUUGUAUGACAUCAAUGUACACGGAUCAUUCUUCACGGCACGCGAAGCAGCAAGGAGCAUGAUUCCGCAGGGAGGUGGAUCUAUCGUGCUUGUCGCGAGUAUGAGUGCUUCUAUCAUUAAUAUACCCCAGCCACAAACUCCGUAUAAUGCGUCUAAAGCUGCCGUGAGACACAUGGCAUCCAGUUUAGCAGUGGAGUGGGCUAAGAAGGGUGUUCGGGUCAAUACAUUAAGUCCUGGAUACAUGCUUACGAAGCUCACAAAGACGAUCCUUGCACACGAUCAAGAGCUGAAGAAAACGUGGGAGAGUCUCACACCUAUGGGCAAGGUGAGGUAGCCGUCAUUGACCCAAAGGUGAUGAACUUACCAUGUGCGCCUGACCAGAUGGGUGAACCAGAAGACCUUGCUGGAGCGAUUGUAUUCCUGGCCAGUGAUGCAUCGCGGUUUGUGACAGGUACAGAGAUUCGGGUUGACGGAGGAUACUGCGUUAUUUGAGGACUUUCGUUGGCUAGUUACGGUACACCUAGAAACCGCCUAGUUAUAUGUUUUAAUUGCAGGGAUACCGACCUUUUAGAACUUAGAUUCUCGUGGUUUUGGGUUUGGCUAGACUGUGUUAUGUAUUCGGCCACUUGUGCUAACAUGUCGUAGAGUGGAUAUCUCUUAUGUAAAGAGCAUGAAACGA